GGGGACGAGUCACGAUCGCAGCGUAGACGAGGGAUGUUGUGUACCGAAGCGCGCGGAGGUGUGUGUGUGUGCGUUAGUGAGCGAGCUCUUGUGAACGGCUGUGCUCUGCUGUGAACGGAGAUGAACGCAGUGGUUUGUGUUGCAAAGGAAAUCACAAUAAGGUGCAGUUGGUGAGAUGAGGAAAAAAAUGGGAAAAUAGCUUUGGUGCUUUUUUUUUCUUUUUUUUUCUUUUUUUUUUUUUUGAAAUCGAGAGAACUGUGAGUGCCUUUUUUAAGUUUGGAAGAAAAGACCAGAGAGACGGUUUACAGAAAACUCGACGGUGUUGUGCUUUUCGGAGGAGGGAAGAAAGUGCUAAGUGAGUUCAUCGUAUUUUUUUUUUUCUUUAUAAGGGAAAGACAUAUGUGUUAUCUUCCGGGAGAGAGAAAAAAAUAAGAUCCUGGAGGCAUUAGAAAGGCAGUUUUGAGAGACUAUGGGAGUGUGUUGAUCGAAAAGGGAAAUUAUUUUUUUACCCGGAAAGAAAAAAAGUGAUUGCAGUGUGAGAAGCAGAAGGGAGCAAUAAAGAGAAGUGUGUAAAAGAGUGGAAAGUGCAGAAGACGCGAGGUAUUGGCAGUGUCUCCGGCCGGCCAGCGGAUACAAUGACCAGGCCGUAGUGUUGCGUGAGCCGGCGUGCGCACGCGCGUGUUUGCGUGUGUACCUCAGUCUCUUUUUUUCCUGUCUUCUCCCCGACACUUGCCGAUCAUGUACGCCUACGCCGGGGCUUAUUCGGGGGCUUAUAUGGGCGUAGGAUCCGGGGUGGGCGGCCUCUCCGGGGGCAGCAUGACUGCCCCCGCCGCCCAUCACCAGGUGCUGGCCACUCCCACGCCCCUUCCUGCCGCGGCAGCCGCCGCUGCAGCCGCCCAUACCAUGACGACCAGCCUCCCGCCCACGACAACCAAGAGGAGGUCGGACGAGGAGGAGAGCUCUGGGUCCAAAUAUGGCCGGAUGGAAUCGGCGGACGACAGCAUGCAGGACAAGGAGAGAUUUGCCAGUCGAAGGCCGAAUAACCACCUGGAGAAUCACUGCGAGAUCGAGCGCAGGGAGAACCACUGCGAGAUCGAGCGGCGGCGGCGCAACAAGAUGACGGCCUACAUCGCGGAGCUGAGCGACAUGGUGCCCACCUGCUCGGCCCUCGCGCGCAAGCCCGACAAGCUCACGAUCUUGCGCAUGGCCGUGGCGCAUAUGAAGGCACUCAGGGGAACAGGAAAUACCAAUGCAGAUGGGACUUACAAACCUUCAUUCCUCACUGACCAAGAGCUGAAGCAUUUAAUCCUGGAAGCGGCCGACGGCUUCCUCUUCGUUGUAGCCUGCGACACAGGACGUAUUAUCUAUGCUUCAGACUCAGUCACUCCAGUCCUAAACCAGCCACAGAGUGACUGGUUCGGAUCAAGCGUCUAUGAACACGUGCACCCAGAAGAUGUGGAGAAAGUAAGAGAACAGUUAAGUACCCAAGAGCCAGCCAACCAAGGACGUAUUCUCGAUCUCAAGACUGGGACUGUUAAGAAGGAAGGCCAUCAGUCAUCAAUGAGACUGUGUAUGGGCUCCAGACGUGGAUUCAUUUGCCGCAUGAAAGUUGGUGCAGUUACCCCUGAGAACAUGAAUUCUGGUCACCUAAAUCGGCUGCGUCAGAGAAAUUCCCUAGGCCCCGCAACUGAUGGACACAACUAUGCUGUAGUCCAUUGCACAGGUUACAUCAAGAACUGGCCUCCUACAGGCGUGCAGAUGGACCGAGCUGAAGAGGAGGCUCAUGGAUCCUCCCACUGCUGCCUUGUGGCUAUUGGCCGCCUUCAGGUUACCUCGGCACCAAACACCUCAGAUCUCAUGGGAUCAAACUCGCAAAAUGAGUUCAUUUCUCGUCAUGCCAUGGAUGGCAAAUUCACUUUUGUCGACCAGCGGGUUAUGACAGUCCUGGGAUAUUCUCCACAAGAGCUGUUGGCCAAGCCAUGCUUCGACUUCUUCCACCCAGAGGAUCAGACACACAUGAAGGAAAGCUUCGAUCAGGUAUUAAAACUGAAAGGCCAAGUGAUGUCAGUUAUGUACCGCUUCCGUGGAAAGAACCGAGAGUGGGUUUGGCUGAGGACUGCCGCCUUUGCAUUCCUCAACCCAUACACAGAUGACAUUGAGUACAUUGUCUGUACAAAUAAUGCAGCCAAAACUGUCCAAGGAGGCGGCGAAAUGAGUGCCAACACGGAGCACCAGGAAGUCAGUUCGGUCAGCAGCCAGUAUGGCACCCAUCAGCCAGGCUUGGAGUACUCUUUACAGCGGCAGAGAGAACUGUACCCACACAUGGUCCAGUCACACAUUCACAGCACUGAUCUUCCUGAUGAUGGAACCUUCCAAAUAACAGGUUCCGGCAGACCAAGCAGUACCCAGGGCGUGUACAGUGGCUAUGAGGCUGGGGCUUCACCCUUAGCCGGCUACUCCCCAACCACCCCUCAGGCCACUCCACUCACCUCCCAGUCCUCCUCCAGCCUUCCACGCAACACAAAGUCGUCCUCGCCUCCAUCUACGGCACAGGCAACUGCUUGGUCCAAUCCACACAUCAGACAGAGUGGUGACGGGUACACUUACAGCAGCAACAUGAGCCCGUCCCGCUCCCCCUCCACCCCCUCGUACACUCCCCGUUCUCUGCCGUCGUACACUCCAGCAGCUGGCUCCUCAGGAAUGUGGCAGUAUCCCAGCAUAGGUGCGGAGGGGACGAGUGCAGGCCCAUCCACCAGUUCAGGCCACCCGGGCACUGCCUCAGGUCACCACCCGGGCAGUGGUGCUCCAGGCACUCAGCCAGAGCUCACUGACAUGCUGCAAAUCCUUGACCAGUCUGGAGCCACGAGCUUUGAUGACCUAGGAAACAUGUUCAAUACAAACUUUGAAUGAGGACCCCAGAGUGUAGUGUUGCCCCUCACAAAAGACUCAAGUGCGAGUGCUUCGACUGUUGCUGCUACUCGUAAGGUGAAUUCGUAAGGGAGAGUCUUGGUAUCCACCCACUACAACAUUGUUCAUUUUUAUGUCUCAACAAGUGCCUCAACGACAGUCUGAUCAGAUUCGGUAAUUCCCACAUAUUUUUUGUAGGUAGGCCUCUUUCUACUUCGCGAAGGUAUGUCAGAAUUGUUUAUUUAGUGGAAAGUUCAAAUAAUACUGGAUACUGGAACUCCCUUAACAAAGUAGCUUCCAGAUUAGUUGCUGUCAACUGGGACAAUGCCUGAUGUACUGUACAGGCAGGACAUUUGAGAAGAAAACAAAAAUAUGUUGGCCUAUGCAUAUUUACAGUGACAGGUACUUAUCUGUCGUAAUGGGUAAACCAUUAUUAUUGCAUCUUUUAAAGUGUAAUUAGGUAAUUUUUUAAAAAAUAUUGUAAUUAUUAUAAUGGUUUUAUUUUUUGUUGUGCAUUUGCACUUAUUGAAAAGUUUUCUUUGAUACAUGCAGCAAAAUUUGCAUUGUAUCUGUAGAAAAACCAGCAUUUAUUUGCUUAGACAGUAUUACCCUCUACAGUGCAACCUUUGGAAAAUAUUCCAUAUGCUGUAGUAAUAAUCAAAUUGCAUUUAUGCAAUAAGUUUUUUUUUUCUCCUUUUUUCUUUUUCUUUUAUCUUAUUUGUUUUUGCUGCUGGUAAUCAAAGUGUUUCGUCCUUGUAUAGGUAUUAAUUUUAUGGUCCCUGAAAGGGAGAUAAUGAUUGAAUUAUUUUUCCAAGCUGUACUUUAUCAUAACUUAGGGAUUUCUCUACACUGUAUAUUUAUGCACAAUUUAGAGGAGUUAGCCUUCAAGCACAUGUCCAGGAAUGAAGAAAAUGUGAGUGUCUCAUUAUUUUUUUAUGUUUGCUUCUUUGAGCCUAGCAUUGGAGAUUUGAAGAGAUCUUUGCCGUGGAUGCAACAUGCGUGUGCUCAUUUUUAUUUCACUUCUCACCCCAUGCAAACCAAGCAACAUCCUCAGUAAUCAGAGCAACAAAACACACUCUUCAUUUGUCAAUCCUCAUCUGCCACCGCGCAGGGUCUUCCAGGCUUCAACUUACUGUGAAACUUCAUUUCCUGUUCCAGAUGGUUUGGAGGAACAGACACUGUUGGUUCUCUCUCUCUCUUUUUUCCGUAUUUGUUUUUAAUCAAAUCUGCGACGACCUUGUUGCUGAGGUUGACUGCAGGUGCGAACAGGGUCAUGUGGGGGCGAGUUCAUUGCAGGUAGGGUGGUCAGGGUCUUUCACUAAUUGUUACUCCUUAGAUAUACUGUUUUGUUGAACUUGGGGUUUAGGGCACUAACAUUCUUCCUCAUUACAAGAAUGGUGAACAGGAACAUAGAUGGUCUUUUCAUAUUUGUAGUUCAGGUGUCUAAUAUUAUGCUCCUUUUAGGUAGAUUUUGUGAUUGUAAAUUUGUCUGUCUUACUACUUUGAAGGUUGAAUAACCAUUAUGCAGUUGUUUUGUUUUUUCUGUUUAUUGGAGCUUUGAUGCUAUUGAUAUAGCUCAGUUUGUACAAUGACUGUGUAAUAUAUAUUUUGUCUUCUUAUGAUGUCAGUACAAGGUAUCUCAGAGCUCUGAGAGCAAGUUUUGCACGGCUGGUGCACUGUCACCAAUAUCUAUUUAAUUUUGGACAUAUCAUUCGUGGCUAGAGGGAGAAAUGGGCUUAUGGCUUGGUACAAAAAGGCCCAUGGACUGAGACUUGAUACAGGUUUUUUUAGUUUUCUUUUUUUUAAUAUCUGCAAAAAUCUAGUGUAGCUAGCUGAUUUUGUAGCCAGAUAGUGUUGAAAAUACAUUAUAAGCAUUCCUCUAUUGUAAUUUUAGGGUGGUGAUAGAGAGAUGUGUGCCAUGUCUCCAUGGGUUUUGUGCCAACAGGCUGCAAGCCUUGAAUGUAACCUUGUUGAAUACAGAACUAGGUAAAAUUGGACUGCAGUCCAACUUCUCAAGAAUUAGUGGAAAUUUUGGAUAAAACUUUUUUUUUUCUUUGUAAAAAACAAGGUUUGACAGUAUCCCUCAAGUCUGUAGUUGUAGAUGAAUAAAGACGGAUCUGCAGAUGUCUGCAAUUUUGGGUCUUUGUUGUGUGUAUGUAAUAUCAAGCAUGAUUGUGUAUGCUUUGAAAGAUUUACUUGUGUACAACUGAAGGUUUAUAUAUAUAAGGGAGUCAUACCUGUAAAUACAAACCAGUACUGUAUGCAAGUGUGAAGACCAUUUAUUUUAUUGUACUUUAACUGAUAACUAACCAAAUUGUUAAUAUGGGGCUGGUAUGGAUGUACAAUGAUGUUCACCCAGUGACGCAAAUCGAGGAAAACAGUGGAAGAAAGUGAAAGCAAAAACUAGGAACCAAAACAAAAGCGUGUGUUGCUGGUCAUAUGAGCGCAGCAUGGAAGAUGUAGUGUGUGUAUUAAUCAAGGUAUUUAAUUAUGUUUUUAAGCCAUGAUUUGUGCAUCAGGAAACAUGAGGCACAAGUUGGAAUAGCUUUGUCAGUGGCCAUAUUAAUAUAAGGGAAGACUGUGUUGUGGGUCCUGUGUGCGGAGCCGAAGGAGCAAGCCGUUGGUCCACACUCACCAAGGAGCUCUGCCAGUGCAAUAUUUGCUGCAGCACCAUGCCACGCUAGUGGGGCAUGGCUGACUUUUUUGUCACAAUAAUCAUCUGAUAUACUAAUUAAUUUUUGUACAAUUGUAAUCCACUUCAAAAUACAAUUAGAAUUACUUUAAAUAAUCCUAGCCACUUUGUGUGAACUGGGAAAAAAAAUGUAAACAAAAAGCAGAAAAUCUGUAGCCCAAAAUGAGAUCUUAUUUUCUUUCCCCCUUUGUAUGUUAAAUCUUUUUAACUGGGGAAAUGUGUGUGGGCUUCUUGUCCAGCCACAAAGGCUGAUGUUUCAUUGCAAAGUCCGGUGAGAUUAAAAUUGAAUUCUUGUCUGUUCCAUAAUACCAAACGAGAGAUACUUGUUUACAAAAUACAUUGAUUUAUGGAUGUGUAUCAGUAACUCUCAUCAUUGUAUUCUGUAAACCAGUGUGGUGAAUUGGUUGGAUUACAGACCUAAGAAUUAUUUUGAAUCACUAUGUAACACACAGUAAAACAUAAUUUUUAUAUGCAUUUGUAAGAUGUUGAAACAUCACAGAACUUUCACUAAUUGAUUAAUUUUUCAUCCUCUAUCGUUUAUACUUCUGUAUAAAAAAAGAAGAAAUGUUUUCAGUGUUGCAAACCUUGACUAUGUUGGCAGGACCCGACGGGAUGCUCAAUUACAGCUGGCUGUCUAGCAUACUUUCCCGAGGACUGAUUGGCAGUCAGGGUUGCUCAUGCUCACCCCUCUGCGCUAGUUGGUCAUGAUGAUCACAACUCUUUUUAAACUAUUUAUUUUAGAUAUUUUAUUACCAGUUGCCACCGCGUGUAUUUAUUACAGAAAUCAGUAGCUUUAAAAAGGAUAGAUCUGUAUGGUAGUUACAGGAAUAGAGGUUUUAUUACAGUCGCUUCCACUGUCAUGGAUGGAGGUUGUUUGUGGAAGCUUUGUAGGUGUCCAGCACAAGUUACCAUUAAAUAUGUAAUCAUUUUUACAUAAGUUAAAAAAAAGUAUUGAAGAAAGAAAACUGCAAUCAAAGUAUGUAUGUUAUGUCCCUUGUGUGGGGGAAGGGGCUAUCAUCUCACAUAAAAUUGGCCAACAGUCCAGGUUUGGGCUAACAUAGUCACAGGUUGGGAAUUCACCUGUUCUCUGUAUGUAAAUCGCUGUCUUCAGUACCAUUUUUAUAUAAGUAUGAGUGCAAUGUUUUUUAGAACAAUUAUUUAAGUACAUAGACCUAGCAGUAUUAGUGUAUGCUAUCCUCUGUUAACAUAGCUUAUGUAAAGGAACUGUAUUUGCAGAUGGAGCACAGGUGAAUUCACUGAAAUGACUGUCCUGUGUGUCUACUCAUUAUCUAGUACUACUUCUAAUAAACUUACACUUAUCGGACUUUAAGUAUGUAAAUUACUGACGUAUAAAUAAACUUAUGUCCGCA